AUGAACAUGGAGAAGGCUUUACCAAUAGGCUACAGUUGGCGGUCCUCGAAAUGGUUCAUUCUCUCAACCGUCGCAAUCGCGCUGUUUGCUGAAACCUUCCUCUAUGGCUUCCUAGUCCCUAUUCUGGGAGAAAUGCUCCAGAAUCGCCUCCAUGUCCACCCAUCGAAAGCCCAAGAGUUAACCUCUGCCGUUCUUGCCCUCCAUGGUACGCUCGCCGUGCUCUCGGCCCCUAUCAUCGGUCAUUUCGCCGACAAGAAUCAAAGCCGCAAGACCGCACUAUUACUGUCGCUUGGAUGGUGUAUUAUCGGCACGGGUACAGUCGCCGGCGCUUGUUCAGUCCCCAUGCUACUAUUAGGCCGCGUGAUGCAAGGUAUCGCGGGGUCCGCGGUGUGGAUUAUCGGCUUCGCAACAGUCGCAGACACUAUCAGUCCGAACCAUAUAGGAUUUGCAUUGAGUAUAAUGAUGUCCUGUGCAAACACCGGGACAAUCGGCGGGCCUGCAAUUGCUGGGUUGCUUUUAGAGGUUGCUGGUUACUGGCUAACGUGGUCGGUUCCGCUCGUCGUUCUAACUAUAGACUUUAUUGCACGCGUGUGUAUGAUCGAGAGUCCGGCCAGUCCUCCCUCUACGCCCAAUGAUAGCCCAACAGAGACUGAGAGUCUGCUUCCUUCUUGCGAUGAACAGCAAAUCCCAUCCCAACCCCGAAAUCUCUGGCGUGUGAUUCUAUGCAACGGCCGUGCCAUGACUUGUCUGCUGACUAUUGUCAUGGGCACAACCAUGAGCACAAGUUUCGAUGCGACGCUUCCUCUCCACGUCGAAGAGAAAUUCGGAUGGGGCCCUAGCACUACUGGACUCCUUUUUGCUGGCCUUGUCGUUCCAGGUGUUUUGAUUGGUCCCGUUGCUGGUUGUCUGCGUGAUCGAAUCGGUGCACAAAUACCUACCGCUGUCUGUGCCAUUCUUCAGGCGACAGUGCUUGGUCUAAUGGGUAUUGCUGGUGGGGAUAUUCCCUGGGCGAGCGCUCAGAAUAUGGGUAAACCACUUUACGCUGGCUGUAUCGUUGCUAUAGGCACAUUGCGGCCAUUUGUGUCUGGUAUUGCGCCUGUCGAACUGACGGCUACUACAAAGGCAAUGCAGGAAAGGUCCCCAGGCAUUUUCGGGCCCAAAGGAGGCAUGUCACGCGUGUUCUCUAUGAUGGAUGUUGCUGCUUCCCUCGGGAUGAUAAUUGGCCCUAUCAUCGGUGGCUCGCUGAAGGAAUUGCUCGGUUAUAAAUACAUGAGCUGGACUUGGAGUCUUGUAUAUCUCCUCCUCGCUACGCUUGCAAUGUGCUUCUUUGGAUCAGAGGAUACUGAGAAAGCGCCACUCUUUGAGGAAGAGGCAUAG